UCAUUCGAUGAGAGAGUUUUGUUUUGUUUUGUCUCGGGGCUGCGCUGCCUAAAGAACACUUUGUCAAGUAUUUCAAUUUUGGUUUCAGUAUCUGUGUGCGGGCCCGCUGUGGCGCACAUGUCUAGCCUUUAAAGCGUAACUCGAACACAAAAGACAAACAAAUCAAAAUAACAAUAAAAAGAAGAAAGCAAAAAGAUAUCACAAUUCGUAUUCGGGUUGAAACUAGUUUUGAUUGCUGCGGCGAGCGUCUGUUUCAGUGGGCUCCAGUUAAUUAACUAAAGAUAUGUCGCCAAAAGUGCUGCUGCUGCCAGCUCUGCUGCUCUGUCUGAUGCUGAAUGGCAAAGAGGUGGAGUCUAAGCAGUAUAUGCGAUGCGAGCUGACGCGUGUGCUGGUCGAGACCUACAGAUUCCAGAAGACUUUGAUGUCCAAUUGGAUCUGUCUGGUGGAGCAUGAGAGUUCCUUGAAUACGAAUAAAGUGACGAGGAACGAGAACAACAGCAAAAACUAUGGACUCUUUCAAAUCAACAGCAGGGAUUACUGUGCAGAGGGACGCCGUGGCGGUCUAUGCAAUAUGAAAUGCGAAGAUCUCUCCAAUGAUGAUAUUUCGGAUGACAUUGCCUGCGCACAGCGAAUACAACAACGCGAUGGCUUCAAGUACUGGAAGGGCUGGAAUCGCUAUUGUCGCAAUACGCGCAACUUGCCCAACUUGGAUGUCACCUGUAAACUGAGCACCUUGUCACCCAUACGUUCACCCAAUUUCUAUUAGAGUCGUCCUUUGAGCGUUAAGGAACA